GACCUGAAGGGAGAGCUGGAGGCUCUGCAGCAGAGGAGAGCCCAGGAUGAGGUCCUCAUUGAAUCACUCAACUUUGAGAACCAACUGAUGAGAACUCAACUCAGAGAAUCACAUGCUAGAGGUGGAGGGACCACUAGAAAUGUUUUUCCUUUUCGGAGUGACUCAAAAUUAGAAGACAAACUCCCUCCUAUACACUAGAACACUAUGAAAAAUAAUUGAG